AUGGAUAUGAUAUAUCCCGGUUCACACAUUAGAAUGGUAAAAUCACCACAAAAUGAGUUCAUGUAUGUGUAUAUAUCUUUGUAUGCCUUUAUAAAGGGGUUCGAUCAUUGUAGACCCAUUGUGGUUGUGGAUGGAAGCCACCUAAAAUCGGCAUACACCGGGACAUUCGUCUCGGCCAGCACGUUGGAUGGCGCAGGUCAUAUACUGUCACUAGCAUAUGGUAUAAUUGAUUCAGAGAACGGUGUUGCUUGGUCGUGGUUCUUUGAGCAAUUCAAGGAAGCAUAUGGUGAGAGGAAGAACAUGUGCAUCGUUUCAGAUAGGAAUGAGAGUAUCAUCAAAUUAGUAUCGAGAGUGUAUCCAAUGGUACCGCAUUUUGCUUGUAAAUGGCAUCUAUGGAACAAAGUAUAUAAGAAAUUCAAAAAGAGUCAUUCAAAGUUGAGCGAAAUAUACUUCUUGAUGGCAAGAGCAUACACACAGGCUAAAUAUGAUAGUCUAAUGGAGAAGGUGGAGAAGGUAGAUAUUAGGGUAAAAGAAUACUUGGAAUUAACUGGAUACAAAAAGUGGGCUAGGUUGUAUGCACCUGUUAACAGGGGAUGGACCAUGACAUCAAAUAUUGAUGAGUUAAUCAAUGCCUCACUUGUGUCAGCAAGAGAAUUGCCAAUAUACGACUUUCUCGAAGAAGUUAAGAAGAUGUUUGGACGUUGGAAUUGCAGCAAUCGGAAAGAAGCUUCACACACGUACACAACGCUUGGAAAACAAUACCUGGAGAUGCUUACUUUGAAUGAGGCAAUAUCUACACGUAUGAUUGUUGUACCAUCGACUGAAUACUUGCAUACGGUGAACGAUGAAGGAAGGCAUUACACUGUUUGCCUCUUAGAGAGAAAGUGCAGUUGUGGGCGGUUCCAAGUUGACGAAUUACCAUGCCCACACGCUUGGGCUGUCUUGAAGAGCAAGUUUCUAAUGCCAGAAGAUUAUUGCUCGGACUAUUACAAACCAAAGUCUGUUAUAAUGACAUACGAGGUGCCCGUGUAUCCGCUGCCUGACCAAAAUGAAUGGAAUAUACCAGCACAUAUAUCAGAGGAAGUUGUCUUACUACCCAAAUGGAAAAGACCUCCUGGAAGGCCAAAGAAAAAGCACGAUAAGCCGUUCAGUGAAUUGUUGCAGAAGAAAAAUCAACAUUUGUGUAGCAUAUGUGGACAGGGAGGACAUAAUAAGCGUACUUGUAGAAAUGCUCCACGUAGGACUUAG